AUGACAAAAUACAAUUAUUGGAUUCAAGAAAAUUCAAGAAUCGCUGAAAAUUCAAGAUUUUAUCGAUUUUUCAUUGGAUUUUCGAAAGUUGGAGCGAAAUUUGGAUCAAUUUUUGAAGUUGGAGUGGAUUCCUGGAGGAUUCAACAAAAAAAUCAAUCAAAAACAAUUUUUUAUUCAACAUUUUUCAAAUUUUUUGCUCAUUUAUGAUGUUUGGAUUCAAAACAUCGGAUUAGCUCUGCACGGGAUUUUGGAGCUCCUGCAGAGCUUUUUCGUUUCUAAUUUCUUAGCUUGGGGGUUUUGGGGAUUUCUGGGCCCGCUGAAAUUAAGAAAUUAAUCUUGUUUUUUUCAGAAUCGCCUACAACUUCUCAACAUUUUGCUGGCCAAUGGAUGUGGUUUGAUUUUUCACGCUUUUGCCCAGAGAAAAUCCGAUUUUUUAUUUCAGAUCAACCAAAUGCGCUCCAUCGAACAACAAUUUGGUUACGGUAAGUAUUUAUCUCAAAAAAGUUUUUAAAAAAUAAAUUAGAAAUUCUGAAAUAUCUAAAAAGAAACUAAUAAAAUUCAGAAAUUUCUUGAUUUUCUUUUUUUUUUUAAUUAGAAAAUCAUGAAAAUUCUGAAUUUUAUUAGUUAUUUUUUGGAAUUUCAGUGGAGAUGCGGAAGCUAUGCCCAAUUUUUGAAUUUUUAAUUAAAAACUUAUUUUUUUAUUCUAUAAAAUUCAAUUUUUUAUUCCAGGUUAGCUGUCAUCAAAUGUGCUCCAAUGAACAAUCAAAUUAAUGGAUACGGUAAGUAUUUAUAAUAAAAUAAAUUAGAAAUUCUGAAAUAUUCAAAAAGAAACUAAUAAAAUUCAGAAAUUUCUUUUUUUUUAUUAGAAAAUCAUGAAAAUUCUGAAUUUUAUUAGUUAUUUUUUGGAAUUUCAGUGAAGAUGCGGAAGCUAUGCCCAAUUUUUGAAUUUUUAAUUAAAAACUUAUUUUUUUAUUCAAUAAAAUUCAAUUUUUUAUUCCAGGUUAG